AAUAACUAAAAUUUUUAUUUUCGUCUCUUAUUUAGUUUUGAAUAUGCUAAAAUUUUAGAUUUCUGAUACCUUUUUAUAGAGUGAUUCUAACUUCCUUUGAGAAAAAGAUUUAUUGACAUGGUUGGUCCGCAUUGCCACAAAUUAUUUAUAGUGUUAAUAUGUUUAAUAUUGGUUACAUUUUGUGUCCAUCUAAACCCAUCUGAUAUUCAUGAAGCUAUAGCCAAAGGGGCAUCGUUCAAUAAUCUGAUACGAGAUCAUUUUACUAGUUUGGUCUACGAUAAAAGUAUCAGAGAUUUAACAAUUAGAGAAUUUACAUACCCUCUGACACCAUUUACUAUAUAUGGAGAGAUUGCUCUAGAAUAUUCUUUUGUUGCAAACCAUAUGAAAGCCCUUCUUAAAGGGAAACUAAAUAAAUAUGAGAUAGGGCCCUAUUUAUUAUCCCUUAAUAUAUCUAGUACGACUUUAGCUCGAAAAUGUAAAAUUGAAAAACAUCUGCGAAUUCACACAUGUAAUAAAUAUGAACGGGAAUUGGAUGGAUUCUGCAAUAAUAUAAAGACUAAACAUUGGGGAAUGUCAAAUAUGCCCCACAAAAGACUUAUUGAGCCCGAUUAUGGCGAUGGACUUAAUAAUCCUCGAAUUGCUAAAAAUGGAGAAGCAUUACCAAAUCCUAGGUUAAUAACUAAAAAGGUAUUUGGAAAUGAUGACAAGUUUCAUAAUGAUAUGACGAUCAUGACGAUGACAUUUGGUCAAUUUAUUGAUCAUGAUUUAACACAAACACCGGCUCCUACUGGGAGGCAAUCUCCAAAAUUAGAAUGCUGCAAAUUCCGAUUUAAACACCCAUUAUGUUAUGGCAUGCCUUUUCCUUCAGAUGAUUCCUUCUUUUCAAAAUUUAAUCAAACUUGUAUGAACGCCGUUAGAUCUUUACCAGCUUUAAGAACUGAUUGCAAAAUCGGUCCCCGAGAGCAAAUGAAUCAGGUUUCUUCGUAUUUAGAUGGUUCGGUGUUAUAUGGAAGCAUAAUUGAAGAUAAUUUGGCUUUGCGAGAUGCAUCAACACCUAAAAUGAAAGUUCAACCGCAUCCAUUUAACCAUUUAAUGAGAGAAUUAUUACCAGCACAAGCUAAUUUACAAUUAGAAGAAUGUAUAUAUGCACGAAGGGCUCGUUAUCAUUGCUUUAGAGCAGGUGAUGAAAGAAGUAAUGAAAAUACCCCUUUAACUGCAAUGCACACGAUUUGGAUUAGAGAACAUAAUAGAAUUGCUGAUUGGUUGCAACAUAUAAAUCCUCAUUGGUCUGCUGAAAAGGGAUUUCAAACAACAAGAAAAAUUGUUGGAGCCAUGUUACAACAUAUCUCUUAUAAAGAAUGGCUACCCAUCUUGCUUGGGCCCAUAGAAAUUCAAAAACAUAAAUUAGAAUUGGCAGAUACAGGAUAUUUUUCAGGUUAUAAUGAAAAUAUAGAUGCCACUAUUGCUAAUUCGUUUGCUGCUGCUGUUUUGAGAUUAGGACAUAGUUUAAUCAACAAUGAAUUUCAAAGGAUUGGAUAUUUAGGAAUAUAUCACUCUUCAGUACCACUCAAAAACACAUUAAGAUUACCAAGGGGUGUGUAUUUGUCUGAAUUUCCAGAAGGUAUUGAUCCUCUUUUGCGCGGUUUAGUUCGUCAGGCUGCCAACACAAUUGAUCACAAUUUUUCUGAAGAUAUAAAUGAUCACUUGUUUCAGCACGAGAAUAAAGGAUUCGGUAUGGACCUUCUAGCAUUAAACAUUCACCGAGGAAGAGACCAUGGUAUACCUGCUUACAAUGAAUUUCGUGAUAUUUGUGGCUUGAAUAGAUUUAAUGAUUGGGAUUCCAUGAAGGAGGCUAUGCCUUCAGAUGUGGUUGAAAGAAUGAGAGCUCUAUAUAAUGAUGUAGAUGAUGUCGAUUUAUUUCCCGGUGGCAUCUCCGAAUAUCACGCGGACGGCGCUGAAAUAGGUCCAACAUUUGCCUGCCUUUUAGGUGAUCAAUUUUUUAGACUACGAUUUGGAGAUAGAUUCUGGUAUGAAAAUGCUAAUCGUAGUGAUGUAAUUGAACACGCCUUCCUUCCUGCCCAAUUACAAGAAUUAAGAAAGGCAUCAUUGGCCAAAGUGUUAUGUCAAAAUUCGGAUAGCAUUACUAUAAUUCAAAAAAACGUCUUCAGGAAACCUAGUUUCAACAACCCAUUAUUAACGUGUAAAGACUUACCUGAUAUUGAUUUAGCUGCUUGGAGAGAACGAGGAUCAGGUGAUCUGGAUCUCGAUAGCAAAACUAAUUUAAUUGAACAAAUAGGAUUGACAGACUAUAAUACUACAGAAUAUAACUUAGUUUGAAUUGAAUAAUUUAAAUCAUAAAAAUGGAAUCGUUGAAUCAUGAAUUUUUAUUAUAUGAAAAAAUAAUUACUGUGAUUUUUAUAAUUAUAAAUUUGUAUU